CGCUGUUCACCGAAGCUUUUCCAGUGUGCGGACCGCAAUCAUGGGCUCGCCGUGCAAGCAGGCGCCAGUGGAACUCGUUAAAGAAUCUGAUCUUGACAGCCUCAUGGGUAUCUUCUUCAAGCAAUCCUUCUGUCACAAUGCUUCCGACGCUGAAAUGGUUGCUGCGUUUGAAGGAAUUCAGCAGAAAUGCAUGAACCUUUUCAGCAAAGACUAUACCGUAAAGAUCAUCGACAACAAAGGCGGUUCACUGAGUUCAUCUUAUCCUGAAAAAAUAAUGUGCCUGGCGCUUCCUGCUGAUGACGGGGACGAUCAAGAAGCACGUGCCGAAGAACUAAGGCAGCGCAUGAAGAAAGCUCGAGCGGCCAGAGCAUGGACGCGUUUUGUCGUUCCCAUUAUACUGUACGACGGAAAGCACAUCUGCCGCUCGGCAACUCUUUCUGGAGGAGUAGAGAUCUACACCCGAAUGGCGGCGGAGAAAGUCUACGAUGCCUCGGCCAACCUGUGCACAUACAUAUACUCCAUGGUUUCCGACAGCGCUGAAAACACUCCGACGUCAAGCCUGGAGGCUUCCCAGGAGUCUACAGUCUGCACCGACAAACACGAGGAUUCUGCCGCUGCCGCCCUUUCAAGCCUCCAGGGAGAAGUGGAAGACGAACCAUCUGUGGCCGUUCCAAUGGCACCAGAAGAUGACGCAUCUGUGCACGGCGAGCUGCGAAACGAGGACAUCCAGCUGCUGAAAUUUCUGUCAAUUAACCAGAUCUGCGACUUAAUGGUGGAAAAGAAGAAACAAAAAUUAUGCAUAAACCUGACCUCCUCCGAAAAAGUCGACAAGUUCAACAGGUACCGCGACUUCACAAUUUUUCAGCUCCCUUUCCCAGGUUGCGAGUUCUUCGAUAAAUACUCGCGGUCCGGUUACCGGGCCCGAGGCUUGAUAUUCGACUGGUCACAGGAAUGGAUUGACGCCGAGCUGCAAGUUCCCGACACCAGUUUGUUUUCGGAGCUCGACGUCAAUUGGGAGGGCUACAAGAAGCGCUAA